UGAGAGAGAGAGAGAGAGAGAGAGAGAGAGAGAGAGAGAGAGAGAGAGAGAGAGAGAGAGCAUAUCUAGGAAGUGAACGGUAUAUGCUAUCUCAGGAGACGAGCAGAGGAUUUCUCCAGGACGCGGCACGGAAGCCACCUGUCAUUAUGUCCACAAAGGAGUCAGGCACGAGUGAGGCCCCCACCCACCUCACAUCACAACGUCACCCGCGAUCACUACCUACAUCGUGACGCCUUCGCCCACACUGCGACUUCACCACUCUUACCGUGACGAGAGAGAGAGAGAGAGAGAGAGAGAGAGAGAGAGAGAGAGAGAGAGAGAGAGUUUUAAAUACUAAAUCAAGUAAUGGCUGCUUGUUACUGCAUGUGAGUUUGCAUUAGUAUUAGUCAUAAGUUACGCUCACCAUCAAGAGUGAGUCGUUCUCUUGUGUGCCUGACUGGACGAGUGUGUCACGGAAUUGCAUGACGUCACGGACUCCAGGUAUAUACUCAGGAUAAAGGAGGCGGAGGACCAGUGGAGAGGCGCCUGUCACGCACGCCACGCCAGGCUCCCAGUUCUCCCUGUCAGUACACCGCCUGUGAGUGAAAGAGUGAGUUCAGCCCGGCACGAUGAGGAUGCUGGUGGUGGUGGUGGCGGCAGCCGUGGUGGUGGUGGCGGCGUCCGUGGCGUCAACGGCAGACACACGCACGUCCCAGUCAACAGUUGUAACAGUGAACUACAACAAUAUUUUCCUUCUCCUCGCCCUUAAGGCGGUGGCGGUGGUGGUGGUCCUGGCUUUGAGCGGAGGAGUGGGAUACGGACGAGCCUUGGAUGGUGUUAACGGGUUUCCGUGGGUGAGCAGAGAAGACUUCAUGUUCCUUACAGCCUUCACCCUGAGUAACGAAGUGCAAGGCCACCAGUGUAUCAGCCGCGUGGCCUGCCUACAUCCGGCCCUUGCCAGGCAGCUCGCCACUGCCGCGGUGAUCCUCAGCCCAUGGGAAAAUGGAUGGCUGGGGCACAUUCAGACAGCCAGAAAUCAGCUGGAACAAGGUAUCCUUACCCACUCUCUUGACUCAGCCGCAUGUCGCAAGCAACACACCUGCCCCCAGCUGACAUACCUUUAGCAGCCCAUUAUCACAUAGCCCAUCACUCUUUUACUUAUGUACAAUUCCCACAGCUAAAUGCAUCAUGGGGUAAAUGAAACUGUAAUAUAG